AAGAAUCGCGCACUGCAACUUGAAGGUGGCUCUCGCCCCCGAACCCAUUCGCUUUCCUAUCGCUUAAAGCCGGUUGAGACAAUCAUCAGCAGCAGUCAUCGCGAAUCCAUUGACUGGCUCGAUCACUAUUAAUUUAUAGCUUCGAUGUCCGGAGUCUCGAGUCUCCACCUCACUAAUCAUCUUUCGAAAUCUGGAUUUUUUUCCAAGUUCGCGGAUUUUUUAAACAUAGACUACCCAAAGUUGGACCUUAAGUGAGGAAAGUGCAAAGGGGAUGGGGCGGUUUUGCCUGCUGACCCUUUUGCUGGGGCUGCUGCAUCUUGGAUUUGCUGCAAAAUGUCCAAUACAGAGAACUUCUCCUGGUAAGGAGAUUCUCUGUUAUACAGAGAGUUACGACAUCGAACGUCUGAAAGAUGCUAUCUGCAGUUGCACCAUUUUGGUGCAUCAAGGCCACGAUCUUCAGAGUUUGGCGACUUCCGAAUUGAACGACCUUCGGAAAUCCUUGAAAGAAAAGAAAACUGAUCUUCGAUUCGUCCUUUCUGUGAACGAUGAUCGAGGCUCGCUCAGGACUUCCGGUACAGUGCGACAAGAAGCUGCAACACGUUUGGCAAGACUUCUAACUGAGGUCGAUGGGGUUGAGCUGAACGUGACUGCAGGUUCCAAGGAAAGACUGGUACACUUCGUGAAGGGGCUGAAGAAUGAGAUGGUCAGGAAAUCCAACGAGAAGGCCAUCUUCCUUGCCUUGCCUACGAAACCAGAGCAGUUGGCUAAGCAAUUCGAUCUUAAGGAGCUUUCCAAGUACGUUGAUUUCUUCACGAUAUCCACACACUACUUGGUAGAUGAAGAAGAGGCCUUCCACACCUUUCAUCCAUCUAGACUGAUGGGUUUGUUCGACAUGCUCAAUACUGAUAGUGUAGUCGAUUUAAUAAUAGGUAUGGGGGCACCAAAACCAAAGAUCCUCAUGUCAGUGCCAGCGAAUGCUUACAAAUUUGUUCUGAAGAAUCAGAACGAGAACACACCGAGGUCACCGACCAAAAACGAAGAGCCUGUCGCCCUCGACCGUAAAGAGCUCUGUGAUUUGAUGAGUGAUGGCGAGUGGACUCUAGAAAGGGAUGAUGAUCUCACAGCACCCUAUGCAUUCAAAAGUGAAAAUUGGAUUGCUUUCGAAGACAAAACUUCUAUCGGAAUCAAGGGAAAAUACGUAACGCUUCGAGGUCUAGCAGGAUUAGGAAUUCGAAACGUAGAGAAUGAUUUGAAAAACAAUUGUGGCAAAUCAAUUGCACAGGAAGUUUUUCAGUCUUUCUCGAGUAUAAAGAGAAAAACACGACAAGCGGUUAUGUCGUCUUUGGAAAAUGAAUUACAUAAUUCACAUAUUAUGUAUCCAAAUCAAGUGAAGUCGAGUGGAUAUAGAAUUGUUCGGGUUGUUGAUACACUUGGGCAAAUUCAUGCAAUGCGUGAACAUUCUCAGACUGAAUUUUCUUGCACGAGACAAGGCUAUUUUGUUCAUCCAAAAAGCUGUAACAGAUUCUACCGUUGUGUAAAAUUCAAUCAAGAGAUUGAUGAUUAUUCUGUGUUCGAGUUUGACUGCCCUGCAGGAUUGGCGUUUGAUGAAAGAACUGAAGUUUGCGUUUGGCCAGGAUCCAUAUCCGAAGGAUCACCAUGUCCAGGAAGUAGUGAAAUCGCUCCAGUUCCAAAAAAUAGAUUCCAAUGUCCGAAACAUCCUGGAUACUAUGCCGACCCACAAAAUUGCAGAUGGUUCUUCGCCUGUUUUGAUUUAGGCGGCCCUCAUAUGAUACCCUAUGAAUUUCGCUGUCCGUUCGGCUUGGUAUUCGAUGAGGACAAGUUGAUUUGCGAAUGGCCUUGGUUGGUACCAAAGUGUGGGGGAGGUGGAUACACACAGACCGCAUAUGGGGGAUAUGGGGGAGGAGAUGAUCAGUACGGAGGAUCCGGUGGUUAUGGUAGAGAUGUUGCACACGGUGGAAGUGGUGGCUAUGGUGGAAGUGGCGGUUAUGGUGGAAAUGGCGAUUAUGGUGGAAAUGGUGGUUAUGGUGGAAAUGGUGGUUAUGGCGGAAAUGGCGGCUAUGGUGGAAAUGGCGGCUAUGGUGGAAAUGGCGGAUAUGGUGGAAAUGGCGACUAUGGUGGAAAUGGCGGCUAUGGUGGAAAUGGCGGUUAUGGUGGAAAUGGUGGUUAUGGUGGAAAUGUCGGUUUUAGUGGAAAUGGCGGUUAUGGUGGUGAUGGUGGUUACGGUGGAGAUGGAGGACAUGGUGGUUAUAAAGGAGAUGGCCAGGCUGGAUACGGAGGAGGUGAUGGACAUGGGGGAAGAGGGGGCAAUGGAGGCCAUGAUAUAAGUCCGGUCCCCGGAGUUAAAGGUCAUGGAGGAGAUAGGGGAGGGUAUGGAGAAUAUGAUGAUGGAUAUAGUGGUCAUGAUUUAAGUCCUGUCCUCGGCGAUGGAGACUAUGGUAAAAAAGUCGGCGGAAAUGGUGUUAAAGGGCAUGGAGGACAUAAUGGUAUUAAUAACGAGCAUGAUGAACAUAAAGGAAAUGAGGGUGAGCAUGAAGGUGAAAAAGAAAAAGAUAAUGAGCAUGGCGACCAUGGCGAAAAUGAGGGGGGACAUGGAGGUCAUAAAGGAAAAGAUAACGAGCAUGAUGGACAUGGAGAUGGAUAUGGCGGUCAUCAUACAAGUCCCAUCUCAGGCAAUGGAGAUUAUGGAGAAAAGGUCAGCGGAAAUGGCGGAGAGGGAUAUGAAGGUCAUCCAGGAAAUAAUAACGAGUAUGAUAAACAUCUUGGAAAUAAGGGUGUAAAAGGGGGUAACAAAGGCAACAAUAAUAAUAAUGGUGGACGUGACGAUGGAUAUGGCGGUCAUGAUACAAGUCCCAUCUCUGGCAAUGGAGAUCAUGGAGAAAAGGUCAACGGAAAUGGCGGAGAGGGAUAUGAAGGUCAUCCAGAAAAAGAUCACGAGUAUGAUAAACAUCUUGGAAAUAAGGAUGAAAAAGGAGGAAACAAAGGAAAAGAUAAUAAUAAUAGUGGACGUGACGAUGGAUAUGGCGGUCAUGAUACGAGUCCCAUAUCUGGCAAUGGAGAUUAUGGAGAAAAGGUCAACGAAAAUGGCGGAGAGGGAUAUGAAGGUCAUCCAGAAAAAGACAACGAGUAUGAUAAACAUCUUGGAAAUAAAGAUGGAAAAGGAGGUAAUAAAAGAAAAGAUAAUAAGAAUGGUGGACGUGACGAUGAAUAUGGCGGUCAUGAUACGAUUCCCAUCUCUGGCAAUGGAGAUCAUGGAGAUCAUGGAGAUCAUGGAAAAAAGGUCAACGGAAAUGGGGGAGAGGGAUAUGAACGUCAUCCAGAAAAAGACAACGAGUAUGAUAAACAUCUUGGAAAUAAGGGUGGAAAAGGAGGUAAUAAAGGAAAAGAUAAUAAGAAUGGUGGACAUGACGAUGGAUAUGGCGGUCAUGAUACGAGUCCCAUCUCAGGCAAUGGAGAUCAUGGAGAAAAGGUCAACGGAAAUGGGGGAGAAGGAUAUGAACGUCAUCCAGAAAAAGACAACGAGUAUGAUAAACAUCUUGGAAAUAAGGGUGGAAAAGGAGGUAAUAAAGGAAAAGAUAAUAAGAAUGGUGGACGUGACGAUGGAUAUGGUGAUCAUGAUACAAGUCCCGUCCCCGCAGAUGGAGACUAUGGAAAAAAGAUAGGUGGAAAUAGCGGACAAGGACAUGGAGCACAUAAUGGAAAUAAUAACGAACACGGUGAACAUAGCGGAAACGAUAAUGGACAUGUAAGUUCCAAAGAAAAAGAUAACGAAUAUGGUGAAUAUGGCGGAAAUGACGAUGGAUACAAAGGACACAAUGGAAAAGAUAUCGAGCAUGGUAAACAUGGUGAAAAGGAGGAUGGCCAUGAAACUCACAGCACUGGCGCACACGAUGGAGUUAGUGAAUCUGGCCACAGCAGUGGAGAAUUUGGGUCCGAUGAACAUGUCACUGAAACAGAAGAAUCUGGCGAUAGUAGCGAGAUUGGCGAUUACACUAAUGUUGGUAACUAUGACUAUAUUACAGGUUCUGAUGGUAAAGGAAAAGAAACUUCAUCUACCGCAGAAGGAAAUGUCAAUUCAGGAAAAACCGAUGCAGGAUACUCGGCAGCAUUUACUUCUUCGGGAGGAAAACAAGCAACUGGAGAUUAUAGAGGCUCUAUUACCCAACAGGUAGGACACGCUGGAUCAGGUAAUUCUACAGGAAGCUACACUUCUAAUGCCGCUCACACAGGAACAACAAGGUACCCUGAAUCAACUAGUUCUGGAAUCAAUACUGGAGAUACCUCAUCAGGGUCUGGUUACCCUACUAGUCUUGGUUACACAAAAUUGAUUAACGGGUAUUCUAGACCGACAAGUACUAGAUUUACUUCUGGAGGAAGUUCUUCUUCAACAGUAUCUGGACAUUCGACUAAUUAUGGGUAUACUGGAAAUAUUGGAUAUACCAAUGCAGAAGUUGCAGGUUUUCCAACUGUUAAAAGUCAAACAGGAAUAGGUCAUACUGGACAAAGUGGUCAGAAGUAUUCUACAGGUCCAGUGUAUACAGUUACCCAAAACGGUGUACGGACUGACAGUGCUGGAUCAACUGGGGUAUACGAUAACAAAUACUCUACUUCUGCUGGUUCAGGAUACUCUACUUCGGGUUAUACCAAUACUAAUGGACAGCAAACUGGUAAUGGACAAUUCCGAACUUCUACGGGACUAGGAAGUAAUUCGUUCACUGGACCCAGUCCGACAGCAAUCUACAAUCAAGCUGGGUAUGAAACAGUGCCGAGUGGAGGUCCAUCAACUAUUUACGUAACACCAGAAAAAGGAGUUACUUCUAGUAAAUUUGGUGGGUCAUCUGUACAAUUUCAUGACGGAAAAACUGUUGAUGGUUUUGUAACCACGUCUGAUUUAUCGUCUGGUUCUCUUUAUACUUCAGGGAAUACAGGUGGGAUAGUUACUUCUGGCAUAGCGCAACCAGAAUAUGUUAAUACAAAUGCUGGAACGACUGCAUUCCGUAAUACUGGUGGAGUGAAAACUAUUUAUACUGAUGAUUUGGGAACUGUAAUCAGAGGAAGCACAGCUCCUGGUGUUGUUGUUGGUGGAAGCGUUCGACCCGGGGUCGCAACAGGAAAUCGAAUAACAUUCAUUCCACCGACUAUAACUUAUCAUGGACCAAAUAUCUUUACUGGAGAUCACAGUACAGUUGGUCCUCCCAUUACGACUUACCGUAGCAGCACUAAUCCUGAAACAUCAACAAAUAGUUUUUAUAGUUCUAAGCCAACUUUAGGCUACGAAGUUACAGAAGAUACAGGUUACAAAACUAAUGAGUAUCAUGACAAUGGAGGACGUGGCACAAUUCGUUACAACAAUGGUUAUGUUACUACCAAAUUCACUGAAAGUGAUCUGCAAGAUAUUCGUCCAUCUGUUGCUACCCUUCCAGAUUCAACAAUUUCUAGGGAGCGUAUAGAAGGUACCAGAGGAACCGUAUUGAAUACGAACAUCGCCAGAGGAGAGGGAUACACACAGCAAUCGUCGGAAACAGGAGUCUACACUCAAGAAGGUUUCACCAAAACUGGCCCUACUAAAACCGGCAUCACAACUGCUCAAUUAGGUGGAAGUGGAAGUUACGUUAUUGGAACUUCUCCUAGACCUAGACCGAACCAAGACCACAUUGGAGAAAAAGCGUUUGAGGGUAAUGUCGGAUAUAAGGGUUCCUCAACUGUAGUUCCUAAGAAUGGCUAUGUGACAUCUACUCCAGCAACUGGCUUUGGUCAAAUUGACAAUUCCAAAAUCACAUUGUCCUCUGAAGGAACAUCUGGACAGAUUAAUUCUUAUUCACAGAUAUCAACUCAACAAACCAUAGGAGGAACUACUGGAUCUAUUGCCAACUCGAUAUCUUCAAUCAGUCCAGAAUUUACAACGUUGACACCUAUAUUGAAUGUUGAAAUACGUAAUGAUAGUAACCUGAAAUCCAAUGGACUAGGUUUCCAAUCUACUGCUUCUGGUCAAUAUCAGGAAACAGGUUCUCAAUUUACAGGUACAGGACAAUAUCAAGGAACAGGCUCCCAAUUCACUGGUUCAGAACAAUAUCAGGGAACAAGUUUACAAACCACUCGUUCACAAAUUACAGAUUCAAGUAAAUAUCAGAAUACAGGUUCUCAAUUAUCUGGUUCCCAAAUUACGGAUUCAGAUCAAUAUCCAGGUACAGGUCACCAAUCUACCGCUUCCAAACCUAAGUUUUCCAAAAUUACCGAUUCAAAUCAAUAUCAAGGAAUGGGUUACGAAUCUACUACUUUAGGUCAACACCAAGGAAUAGGUUACAAAUCAGCAAGUUCAGGCAAAUCUCAGGGUGUAGGUUCAGAACCUAAUAUUUUAGACCAAUAUCGAGCAACAGGUUUGCAAUCUACAAGAUCUGAACCAUAUCAGGGUAUAGGUUUCCAAUCUACUGGUUCUCAAAUUACUGGUUCCCAAUCUUCUAACUCUCAAAUUGCUGGUUCUAGUCAAAAUCGGGGAACAGGUAACCAAUCAACACGUUCAGGACAAUAUCAGGGAAUAGUUUUACAAUCUACAAGUUCCAAAAUUCCAGAUUCCAGACAAAAUGUGGGAACGGGUUACCAAUCAAUCAGUUCUGUUGAAAAUCAGGGUAUAGGUUCUCAAUCUAGUGUUUCAGGCCAAUAUCGGGGAACAGGUUCCCAAUCCGCAACAUCAGAAAAGUAUCAGGGAAUAGGUUCCCAAUCUACUGGCUCUCAAUUUACGGGUUCCCAAGUUGCUGGUUCCAGUCAAUAUCGGGGAACAGAAGGUUACCAAUCAAACAAUUUUGGUAAAUAUCAGGGAAGUCCAAAUGAAUAUCAAGGACCAGGUUACCAGUCCACAGUUUAUCAAACUACAGGUUACAAACAGGCAACAGACUUCAAAUCCCCAGGUUACCAAUCACCUAUCGCUACACCAAACAAAACUCCUGUAGGAUUUACUACCGGUCCCCUAGAAGCCUACCAAACUACAGCCUAUGGUGCAGCUAAAAUUCCUAGGGUAUCUACAGUUCGACCUAGCAUAGGUACCGGUUACAAGACAGUUGUUUUACCCACGAAAAUUCCGGUAACUGUAACAACUCAAGGAUACAGAUACCAGGAACACAAUUUCCAAACUGGCCCUGCUUCUACUAAAAUUCCUUCUUACCUCAAUAUCAAUAUAGCUUUUCAACAGCCUGAAAUAACUAUUAUUGAUUCGGAAUAUAAUACUAGUGGUUCCACUAAAAUCACGAAUGCGAAUGAUAAAGGAAUUUUCGGACAGAGGAUAACCACGCGACCACGUGUAGACGUCAUUCAGUCUUCUAAAGCAGAAAAAGGCCAGAUCUAUCAUGGAUCUUCAGUAGUAAGUUCAACCCCGUCCUCUGGUUACUCUUACACAAACGGUGCUUCUACUAAAAAUUCUGUCACAUCUGCUGCCUAUGGUUAUGAUAAAGAAUCAGUCACCGUUCCUCAACCGAUAUAUAAACCAUCGACUACAAUCUCCCCCGAAUUUGAAAUGACCUUUAGAAAGCCAAUCACGUCACCACAUCUUUCUUCUAAUGGACCUGCAAGGACAAUUGGUUUAAAAUCUGAACCUGUAACAGAUAUUUUCAGUUAUACUUAUCCAAAACCAGCCAAACAAUCAGCAACCACACCUCAGAGUCUAUCAUAUUCCACAUCUGAUCAAAGUUACCCGACCGUAGGAAAAACAUUAGCAGGUUCUCAGGCUAUAACCGCUUUCGGAGGAUCUUCCUCCGGAUUUGAUUUUAGCAGUCAACAAUCUAAACAAGUCACUAAAGAUCAAGGCAGAGGAUCAGCAAAAUAUACAUCCAAUAAUGCCUAUAUUGAUGAGAUGAAGACUAAGUAUCUAGGAACAUCACAGCCAUACUUAUCAGUAGAAGUAGGAGGAAUACAAUCAGAUUCACAGUCAUCAACGGGAGCAUAUGGAAGGCCAUACACGACAGAUGUGACACCCUCCAUGGCUACUUUUAACGAAAAUUAUCGCAAGACAUACUCCACAACGGCAGGAUUUGACUCAACAGAAGAAAAAUCAAACUCUACAGAAAUUGGUCGGGGCAAAGGCAGGAAGAUUAUCGUGAAGCUGACUGAUUUGCACCCACUCCUUAUUGGAAAAUUAGGAGCUGAGUGUACUUGUAAAGCUGAUCCAUUCGAUAUCUUCCGAGGUCUUGACAGGAAACAUGUGCAAAUUGCUUCGUCUAGUGGGGUUGUUGAUUUAGCUAAUUACGACGAAUCUGAUGUCUAUGUCGAUAUUGAAGCAGAUAAAGCUAUCGAAAAGCUUGAAUCGGAAAAAGCAAUCGUAAGGAUCAAAGCUAUUAAUGAUUUUGUAAGAAUUGAAGGUGCGAAAUCUGAGAGGAUUGAAGCGACAACAAGUGAGCCUUGUAGAACAGUUGUGAAGCAAUCUCAGAAGUAUAAGGGACCAAUUAUCGCUGUCUAUGAUGAUAAUAGAGGAAACCCAUCAUCAACGUAUCUUCCAUCAUCAACCGAAAGUUCAUCAUCUACCUAUCUGCCUCCAGGAUCGAGAAGAAGACCAUCUAUCAGUACUCAACUUGGAGGACCUUCAACAUUCGUCGUAAAUGUUGAUAACAGUGUUGGAAGUGCAUCCGUCACUUCCAGCAGAACAGCCAAUGGGAGAUCCGGAAAAUCGCUCUUCACAAGUGACUCUUCUAAUAGUAAUGGCAGAGGAAGGAAGAGAUUUGAGAUUGAAAAACACCAAGAGGCGGCUCAUAAUGGUGGUGAUGGUGAUGAAGAAUGCGCCAGGCCAGGUCUCUUCAGACAUCCUAAGCUCUGCAACAAGUUCUAUGUGUGUCACUGGGAUGAAUGGAAAAAGAAAUUUUCUCGCCACGUCUUUAACUGCCCAAUUCAUUUGACGUUUGACUCAGGAGCUGGAGCAUGUAACUGGCCAAGUAAGGGCCCAGCCUGUCAGGAUGAUAAUCUUCUUGUCUAAAAUGCUCAAUUUUAAUCAGAAUUACCUUUAGGAGAAGCUGAUUCUUGGUUUAACAAAAGAAAUGAAAGGAGAGGAAGCAUGUAUUUAAAAAUAGAAUCUUCUACUUUCUGGUCGAUUCAACAAACUAAAUAGAUAUGUUGGGGAGGUUACUCAUGAAACUAAAUUACAAUUUCUUAAUUGAAAUUAAGAUACUUGUAUAACGAAUUACUCCCCAACACUUAAGAGAAUAGAUUUAUUGAUGAGAAGAUUCAAUUAGAAUAUUUAUAUGGUUCUAAAUUAUUGAGACCAACCUUUUCUCAGGACAAUCCUUUUUUGAAAGAAGUUACAUUCUCAAAAUGAAUAUUGAAUUUUGAAGGAAUGACUGGGUAGUGAAUGGCUUUCCUAUAUAUUUAUUUUCACUUAUUAAUAUUCUUAACAGUGUCUUUCCUCAGGUUGUUUACAUGAAAAAAUUCGAAUUUCAUGACCAGGAUAAAUGUAAAUAACUUACUUCGUCCAAAUUUGUACAUAAACAUUUAAAUCUUCGCAACAUGUAGAUUUCGACUAGUGAAACGGAGGAAAAAUCAAAGGACGAUUGAAUCGUACUACAAAAGCAUUAAGUUCUAUGCUUUUUUAUAAUUUCUUUAUAGAAUUAGAAAAAAUCAAAACUAUAGUUACCUUUGUUUUAGAGUAAAUUUGCUAGAUUUAUAUUGCUUUUGUAUAUAUAUAUAAUGUGUGUAAUACUACUGAUAUUAGCUUUACAGACGCAAAAGGAUGCUCAUUUUUCUCUUAGACUAUUUCAAAAAUGAACGACAUUUUCGAAAUAGAAUUAUUUUAUUUUAAUUUGAGAUACUUUUAAUUUUCGCUCUUCGACGAAAGAAGAAAAGGAAAUAUUUAUGCUUAAACUGCUUUAGUAAAGAACGUAAAAUAUGCAAUACUCAAAAUUUCACUUCAUUUUUAAGGAUUCAUUUUCAAGCAUUUAUCUGUUUUUCUCUAUAUCUUUACUCCGUCAUUAUUUAUUUAUAGCUUCUGUCAUUAAAACGUAAGAAAUGAAGGAACGAAUACCGUGCCAUUCGAUUAUGGUUAACCAUUGUAAUGUUAUUUCUAAUAAAGGUUACUAUUAUUAUUUCGAA